AUGCAAGUUCGGCUACCGGAACGAUUUCGUCUUCCACAGAUUACACCCUUCACCGGUAAAAUCGAUCUAACCGAGCACAUCGAGUCCUUCUGGAUGUAUAUAGAACUGCACGACGCUUCAGAUGCUGUGAUGUGCCGAGCUUUCUCCCUUACUUUAGCCGACGUAGCUCAACUUUGGUUCAAACAAUUGAAACCAAAGUCCAUUAGCUCGUUCACAGAGCUUAGCAAUGCCUUCCUCACUAAUUUCAUUAGUGGGAAGAAAAAGUUGAAGCCACCUGCACACCUGAAUAACAUAGUUCAAAAGGAGGGAGAGGUGCUAAAAGAUUAUAUCAAACGCUUCAAUUUCGAAUCGCUCCAAGUCCAGAAACAUUUAGACGAAACAGUACUCAACUCGAUCAUGCAAGGCGUUAGAGAUAAACCAUUUCUAGCAUCCUUGGACAAGAACCCGCCUACUACUCUAGUUGAAUUCAUGGCCCAGUCAGAUAAGUACGGGGAUGCCGAAGAAAUUCGGAUCAUGCGCGAAGCUGCCCAGAAUGCAAAAGUCCUGGCUAAAUAG